AGUUAAUAUCUGAACAUUUGAGAAGAUGCAUCUGAACCUGAAAUAUUUCAUUGGUCUGCUGAUGGUGCUGCUUUGCAGCAGUUUUGCGGUGGCCUUCCCCCAGGGUCCAUGUGGUCCACCACCAAGUGGCCCGCCUCCAUCGGGUCCUCCACCAUCGGGUCGUGGUGGACCUGGUGGCCCCUGUGGACCUCCGCCUUCGACCACGGCUUCCUCCGGUUAAAUGGGUCCUGAUAUCCGAUAACCGACUUCGAUCCCGCUUCAUAAGGCUACGACGCGUCACAUAGAAAAAUUCCCUAGCUAAGUCUCUUUUUUUUGACAAUCAAUUCAAUAAUAUAUAUAUGUGUGUAUAAAUUGCUAAA